CAAGUUCCCCGCGAUCAGCUGAUCCCGGCUGACAACGAGGGGAGCGGGCGGAGGGGGGUGGGGGGGUGCGGGUCCUGCCCUGCCCUCCCGGGCGCCUCGCCUGCAUGUUCGGGCCGCCGCCGCGGCCCCUGCGGGAGGAGAACCGGGACACCCCCCCCCCCCCCCCGUCCCCAACACCACCACCCUGGGCGCGGAGGGGGCGGGAGGGAGGAGGAAGAAGCUACGGCCGGGACGCGACUCCUUAGUCACCGGGUGCCGGCGGGAGGAAGGGGAAGAAAGGUGGCCGCCGGCUUGUAAACAAUAGCCCGGCUCGCGGCGUCGCCUUUGUUCCCGGCCCCCCCCCUCCCCGCCGAAGCUCCGCGCCCGCUGCCGCCGCUCGGCGGGAGGACGCCGAGGGCUGUCCCGCUCCCUUCCUCCCCGGCCGCCGCUUAGGACGAGGCGGCGCAGCCCCAGCUGCCUCCCUCCGAUCUCUGCGUCAGGGAAAUACUUGCCCUAUAAGCUGAAGUACACUAGACUUUUUUUUUUUUUUUUUUUUUCUUCCCCUUAUCAUCACUGAAAAUACAUUAUACAGCUAAGCAGAGAAAGAAUGUAUACCAGCAUUUGGGUAUAACAGUCCAUGAAACCGGCCACAUCGUUUAAGUUUAUUUUGGAGAAAGAAAACUUCCUUUGUGCUUAACAAGACUCUUCCUGGGAGGCAGGUCGCUGUAUGAAUCUUACAGAAACAUCUAUUAUUUAAAACUAAGUACAGACAACAUUCCUGUUGAGUUUCGUUCCCCUGUGAAAAUACUAAAUUUGCAACUGGCUUUUACACAUACCAUUGUUCAAAAGAGAAACAGGAGGGAAAAACAUUGCUUUAAAGAAAUCUGAAGAUGAGCGCCCACACACAAACUGCAGAGAAAGGACAGAACACAACACUCCUGUGCCAGGAAAGCUAUGUUUGCAGUGGGACAGAUGAAGCAAUCUUUGAAUGCGACGAGUGCAGGAGCCUACAGUGCCAGCGUUGUGAAGAAGAGCUGCAUCAGCCGGAAAGGUUACGGAACCAUGAACGGACCCGAAUAAGACCUGGCCAUGUCCCAUACUGUGACUCCUGCAAAGGUGCCAAUGGGAACAUAAUGCACGCCAGCAUGACGGGCUCGAGGCAGAUAGCAGCAGUGAGGUGCCAGGUGUGCAAAAUCAAUCUCUGUGUGGAGUGUCAGAAGAGAACACAUGCUGGAGGGAACAGGAGGAAGCACCCCGUGACUGUGUACCAUGCUGGCAAAGCCCAAGAGCAGGAAGAGGAGGAGAUGGAUGAGGAGACCAGGAGAAGGAAGAUGACAGAGAAAGUUGUGAGUUUCCUCUUGGUGGAUGAAACUGAGGAGAUUCAGGUAAGGAAUGAAGAAGACUUUAUUAAGAAUCUGGACUGCAGUCCUGACCAGCAUCUAAAGGUAGUGUCCAUCUUUGGGAACACAGGGGAUGGCAAGUCUCACACCCUUAACCACACUUUCUUCUAUGGCCGGGAAGUCUUCAAGACGUCUCCAGCCCAAGAGUCUUGCACAGUUGGAGUCUGGGCAGCGUAUGACCCUGUCCGCAAAGUGGUGGUAAUUGAUACAGAGGGCCUCCUGGGGGCCACUGUCAACCUGAGCCAGAGAACACGGCUGCUGCUGAAGGUCCUAGCCAUCUCUGACCUGGUCAUCUACCGUACUCGUGCUGACAGGCUCCACAAUGAUCUCUUCAAAUUUCUUGGUGAUGCCUCGGAGGCUUAUUUAAAACAUUUUACCAAGGAGCUAAAAGCUACCACAGCCCGCUGUGGCCUAGAUGUUCCUCUGUCAACUUUGGGUCCAGGUGUCAUCAUCUUUCACGAGACUGUGUACACCAAGCUACUGGGCUCUGAUCAUCCUUCUGAGGUUCCUGAGAAGCUCAUUCAGGAUCGAUUUCGGAAGCUAAGCUGUUUUCCUGAGGCUUUCAGCUCAAUCCACUACAAGGGAACAAGGACCUACAAUCCUCCAACAGAUUUCUCUGGACUUAGGCGAGCUGUGGAGCAGCAGCUGGAGAACAAUACCACUCGGUCACCUAGGCAGCCUGGGGUUAUCUACAAAGCACUAAAAGCUCUAAGUGACCGGUUCAGUGGGGAGAUCCCCGAUGACCAGAUGGCUCACAGCUCUUUCUUUCCAGACGAGUAUUUCACGUGCUCCUCUGUGUGCCUCAGCUGUGGGUGUGGCUGUAAGAAGAGCAUGAACCAUGCAAAGGAAGGAGUCCCUCAUGAAUCCAAAAGUCGAUGCAGAUAUUCUCACCAGUAUGAUAACAGAGUCUACACUUGCAAGGCCUGUUACGAACGAGGGAUGGAGGUCAGCGUGGUGCCAAAAACCUCUGCUUCCACUGACUCCCCUUGGCUGGGCCUUGCCAAGUAUGCCUGGUCAGGAUAUGUGAUUGAAUGCCCCAACUGUGGGGUGGUGUACCGCAGCCGACAGUACUGGUUUGGCAACCAAGAUCCUGUGAACACUGUAGUGAGGACAGAAAUUGAGCAUGUCUGGCCAGGGACUGACGGAUUUCUGAAAGACAACAACAAUGCAGCCCAGCGUUUGUUGGAUGGGAUGAAUUUCAUGGCACAAUCAGUAUCUGAACUUAGCCUAGGACCCACAAAAGCUGUGACCUCCUGGUUGACAGACCAGAUUGCCCCAGCGUACUGGAGACCCAACUCUCAGAUUCUGAGUUGUAAUAAGUGCAACACGCCUUUUAAAGACAAUGACACUAAACAUCACUGCCGGGCCUGUGGAGAGGGCUUCUGUGAUGGCUGCUCUUCUAAGACCCGUCCAGUGCCUGAGCGAGGCUGGGGACCAGCACCAGUGCGCGUGUGUGACAACUGCUAUGAAAACAGGGGCAUCCAGUUAGAUGUGGCUGAGCUGCCUUCAGAUGAGGAAGGGGGGACACUUAUUGCCAGGAAGGUGGGGGAAGCUGUGCAGAACACUCUUGGAGCAGUGGUGACAGCCAUGGACAUUCCCUUAGGUCUGGUAAAAGAUGCUGCCCGACCUGCAUACUGGGUACCAGACCAUGAAAUCCUGCACUGCCACAACUGCCGGAAGGAAUUCAGUAUCAAACUCUCCAAACACCACUGUCGGGCCUGUGGCCAGGGAUUCUGUGAUGAAUGCUCACACGACCGCAGAGCGGUUCCCUCUCGUGGAUGGGAUCACCCAGUCCGAGUUUGCUUUAACUGCAAUAAAAAGCCUGGAGACCUUUAACCCCAGGCUCUUCUCCAGAUCUUUGCAAUUCCUUAUGUUCUCAGGGGUACAAAUGAAAAUAUCUGGUCUCCCUUUCACCUCAACCUGUUGCAGCCAGAGUGCAUGUUUCCAGUUUCUGGCCUCCUCUUGUGUUAUAUCCAUCUUGGAACGCUGGGAAUGAGUUUAUGUUCAGCCUCUAGGUUUUAAUUUCAAAUUAACUGGGGAAGGGAGGGAGCUCCCUUGUAAAUGAACAAACCAAAAUCCAGUGUAUUUUAUUCCAAUUAAAACAAAGAAACAAACAAAUAUAUCUAUCUAUCUAUGUAUGUAUAAUUUAGUAUAUUAAGAAUACGGUUGGCUAAUGAAGCUUUGAAUAUUCCUAGUUCAAAUGAUGGAUGGUGGUGUUCCUUACUAUAUUGGAUCAGACUUAUGGCCUUCUGAUUCUUCUUUUGGAACGUCUUGCUGAUCAUGAUGUCCUGUGAGGAAAGUUUGGACUCUGUGCUGCCAGGAAAUCUCCAGUGUUGAUGUAUGAGUUACAGCUGGUAAUUCAACCAACCCUACAUUUGGAGGUGCCAUGCUUCUGGCCACGGAAGAUUAAACCCAGAUUCAUUAGCAAGUUUGUUUGAACUGUGAUAUGAGCAGUGGUCUUGCAGUGCAAGAGGUAUCAAGUUGAAAUAGACCCCCUGGUAGAGACCAGUAGAGCUUUGAAAAGGUAAAGCAAAUCAUAUGGCACAAGGCAAAGCAUUCCGAUUUUGCCAUUUCAACUCCAAUACCAGAUCAAAAGGCAGCAGGGUCUUGCUCUUGCUGACAGUGUUCUCAUGUACUCAGGUUUUCUUCAAGUCUCUCUGCCAGCUUGUUGCAGUUAAAAGUUUUGUCCAGAGCAGAACAAGAGAACAAGUUAUGUAAGCAAUUCUGAAAUACGAAGUUUGAGUUGUUUGGGUUGUGAUGACUUUUCCCCCACUUUUUAAGUGAUCCUGGAGUCUCUGGAGCUUCUGUGUUCUCAGAUGUGGUUGCACAGAAACUGCACAGAUUUGACUUAUCUUCUUUCGAAUAAUAUGAAUUUACAAAUCCACCUGGAAAAUGGGAACCUUUCUUCUUUGCUCCUAGCAACUGGGACUCACUGGACUUCAUCCUUUUAUUAAAGGACUGCAAUGAAUUCACUGAUUUUAUGAUCAAAAGCACCACUUAACCUAACUAAUACUGUCUUGUACUGUGGAUUUGUGGUUCCAGUUAUAAGAAGUAAGAGACCAUUGUGGAUUAAACUGCCUAAAAUUCUCCCUUCUUGGCUUACAUAGACAAGAAUUCUUCCACCACAUGAGAGCUGUCUCCUCUUGGAGUGGCUGGAGUUUGAUGCAAUGUCCUGGAACUGUGGUAUUUUUUCCCCAGCUUAUUAAAUGUGCUCUUGUGUAGAUGAGUGCCCAACACCCUGUUUUAGGACUGUAUUAUUAAAUUAACUGCUAUAAAAGACUCUUAUCUUCUGAACAGGCGUACUGACUUUUUCCUUGUAACGAGCAGUUCUCACUUUGUCUUUGAAAGAACAUACAAAGUGAUUGCCCCUUUGCACCUACGUCCAGCCUACGAAUGGGAGUAGACUUGGAAGACAUUCCAGGACAUAUUUGGUACUGGCUGAGUUUACUGGGGACUGUCUAAAGUUUUUUGUAAGCCAAGUCUGCCAUAAACUGAGAGUUGCCCAAGGGAGGGCACAAGCAGGUAAAAAUCCUCUCCUAAAAGACAUUCUGCACAUCCAGCAUAAUUCUGUGCUUCAAAGUAUUUUUAUUUUUUUAAUGGGUGAGCAACGUGUUCUUGGUUUGUAGGCUGUGCCCUGUGUGCUGUUUAUGCAUGUAGCUUUACUACCAUGUUAAUGCACAAAGAGAAAGCAGCCAUGACAUUCCUUGUAUAAAAUCUUUGGCAUCUGUUUCAA